AUGUUAGCUGCUGUUUAUAUUGAUACUAUUUUUACAUUGUCCUGUGCAACAAUCUAUACUUGGCUCUAUUUUAUCAUCACAGUCCUUUAUCAAGGUUAUUGUCCAACGCCUUUUUAUCCAACUGAGAGUGAUUAUCAAGCAACAAAUUCUUCGGUUGAUGUUAUUAAAUAUCUAUCCUACUACGGUACCGGUCCGAGUUUGAUUGCUAUUCAACUUUGUAUUGAUAUUCCACGAUAUUUAUGUUUGGCUUAUGUAUGCAUUCGACUGCCCAUUAUGCUUGUUAGUAAGUUUCGUCAAUAUCGGCAUGAUAAAGAAAGAUAUGACAAGAAAUACACACAAGAAGAACAAGCAUUUUCUAUUGCUACACAACCAUAUUCUGUUGAAACUCUCUAUGUAAGAAAUCUUUUCCGUUCGCCCAAUGUAUGUCCUCCUAGUCGAUCGUUUGUAGCUCACUUGUUACCAAAAUCUGUUUAUGAAUGGCGUGAUGAUUUUCGUUUUUCAUCACGUAUUCUUUGUAUUUAUGCAGCUCUUUUUCUUGUAUUAUUUGUUCUGACCAUUAAACUAAUUAUUCGAGAGUUACCCAAUCUACCAGUAUGGCAAAUCAAGAUUGAAAGCUUGACUGGUUCCAAAAAUACAAACCCGGUCGAUAAUCAAGCCAAUAGUACGUCACAAAAUCAGACAUCCUCUACUUCUCCUCUAUCAGCGGUAAAAGUUCCAUUUUUCAUCGCUAUUUUUACAGCACUCAUCAUCACUGUCAUUCAAGUAAUUGCCUUAUUAACAAGUAUUCGACGCCAUUUAUUACAAAUAUUUCGUGGUAAUCAUAGUGAAAUACCGAAAAAAGAUAAUUUAAAGAAUCUUUUAUAUGCAACGGGAAAUCUUCAUUUUGCUGGCUUUUUUAUUGGCUAUGCAGUUUGGGGUUAUAUUCUAUGUUUCUUAUUAACAUUUUCUAUUUAUUAUAUUAUUGGUAAAUUAUUAGAAAAUGAUGGAAAAUUAUUUGAACAAGUACUAACUAUUAUUAUUCCCAUAUUUCUUUUGAGUACGUUUAAAGUUUACAUCAACCUAUUUGUUGCCAAAUAUAUUUUCUUACAAAAACAAAACCAGAUUCUUGCCAUUAACAAUCAUCGUGUAUCGAUGAUUUUACUAUACUUUGAUUUUUUUCUCGAUGCUUUCCUCGGUUUGGCUGCAUCGUUUACACGAAUCCUGAAUACUUUUGUAAUAACAAUCAUUUAUACGGCACGUCUUGACUAUUCACCAUUGGGUCGCCAGCUCGAAUAUCGCGAUGCAGGUUUUUGUGCCUAUUCAGGUUUCAUUCAAAUGGAAGCAAUUCAUCGAAAUCCAAUUAUGUUGGCAUUUUCUAGUAUUCUUCUAGUUCAUCAAAGAACGAAACAAAGCAAAUCAUUGUCGAAAGCACGUCAACGAUGGUGUUUAGCCGUAUUACUGAUUCAUAAUCCAUCGUUAAUUAUCAUGCGAAAAGCAAUUCUUGCUCGAAAGGAAGGAAAUUUAGCAUUGUUACAAACGAUGAAGACCUCUGAAUUCGAACAGUCGACCAAUGAAAACUUUGAAAAGGCAUUAAAGGCAAUGUUACGUAGUGAAUAUGUAGGUCAUGGAUAUAUUUCAUCAAAUAAUUCAGACAAUAUACUUUCGAAAUUAUAA